AAAGUAGCCAUGGCUUCCUCCACGGCUGGACACCCCAUCUUCCUGGAUGGAGAAAACUGCAAGCCCUCCUGGAAAGAGGCGGCGGCGGGCUUCGACCAGACGGACACCCACUUGGAGAUCAUGGGGAAGCCGGUGAUGGAGCGUUGGGAGACCCCCUAUAUGCACUCCUUGGCCACCGUGGCAGCCUCCAAAGGGGGGCGCGUGCUGGAGGUGGGGUUCGGCAUGGCGAUCGCUGCCAGCAAAAUCGAGGAGUUUGCCAUUGAGGAGCACUGGAUUAUCGAGUGCAACGAGGGCGUGUUCCAGCGGCUGCAGGAGUGGGCCAAAACGCAGCCGCACAAGGUCAUCCCCCUGAAGGGGCUGUGGGAAGACGUCGUCCCAAGACUGCCCGAAGAACAUUUUGAAGGAAUCCUGUACGACACCUACCCUCUGUCCGAGGACACCUGGCACACGCACCAGUUUAGCUUCAUCAAGGAUCAUGCUUACCGCCUGCUCAAGCCCGGCGGCAUUCUCACUUACUGCAACCUGACCUCUUGGGGGGACCUGCUCAAAAACAAGUAUUCCGACAUUGAGAAGAUGUUCCAGGAAACGCAAGUUGCUCACUUGGUGGAGGCUGGCUUCAGGAAGGAGAACAUCCACACGACCAUCAUGGAUCUGAUGCCUCCGGCUGACUGUAGAUACUACUCUUUCCCCAAGAUGAUCACCCCCACCCUCAUCAAGUAG